AUGAUCGCAGACAGCCAAGAGACAGGUGCGUAAAAGAUGGAACUCGUCACCAACACCGCGGAUCUAAACGCCACCAACGAAACAAACAUUUGCGCCAACUGCAGCGACAACUACAACCAGUUUGUGCAGCCGGCCUGGCAGAUCACACUGUGGGCUGUGGCUUACUGCGGCAUGGUGGCCGUGUCUGUGGUCGGGAACGUGAUCGUCAUCUGGAUCAUCGUGGCGCACAAACGCAUGAGGACGGUCACCAACUACUUCCUGGUGAACCUGGCUUUUGCAGAGGCGUCCAUGUCAGCAUUCAACACAGUGAUCAACUUUGUGUACGCUGUCCACAACGAGUGGUACUUUGGCCUUGUUUACUGUCAGUUCCACAACUUCUUUCCUAUUGCAGCCAUAUUCACCAGCAUUUACUCCAUGACUGCUAUAGCACUGGACAGAUACAUGGCCAUCAUCCAUCCCCUGCAGCAGAGGUUGUCUUCAACAGAGACACGGGUGCUGAUCGGUGUGUUCUGGGCGCUGGCUUUGCUUUUCGCCUUCCCUCAGUACUACUACUCCUCCAUCACCGUGCUGCCGGGUCGCACAGUCUGCUACAUAGACUGGCCCGAAUACUCUACUGUGGACUUCAAGAAGGUAUACUAUGUUAGUGUGACAGUGCUGAACUAUUUCCUGCCGCUGUGUAUUAUGGGUUGUGCGUACAUAACCGUGGGCAUCUCCCUCUGGGCAAGUGAGAUCCCCGGAGACUCGUCUGAACUCUACAAAGAGCAACUUAUUGCCAAACGCAAGGUGGUGAAGAUGAUGAUCGUGGUUGUGUGCACGUUUGCUAUCUGCUGGCUGCCGUAUCACAUCUACUUCUUGUUGCACCAGUUCUUUCCUGAUUUGUUUGAACAGCGUUACAUCCAACAAGUGUACCUGGCGGUUAUGUGGCUCGCCAUGAGCUCCACUAUGUAUAACCCAAUCAUCUACUACUGUCUCAACAGCAGGUUCAGAGCAGGUUUCCAGCAGGUGUUUUGUUGCUGUGCUCCUAAAGUCACCAAAGAAGAGCUUGAGCUGAAAUUGCCGUGUUACCUACAGACCCAGGUAAGCAUUUAUAGAGCCACUCGGAUGGAGACUGUUGUUACCUCCACCAUCCAACCCAAAGGAGUGGAGCAACAGAAGGAGGAAAUACCAUCGUACACUGCUUACAGUUGGUCCCAAAGCGAGAUCACAUCCAACGGCUCAGGAUAGGAGACCUUCACCAAGACCUCUAACAGUCCAUCAGAUAGAACAAGCUCCACCAAGACAAAUGUGGUUUUAAAAUAAUGUCCAGCACUGGCUAGCUUUUAAGCUAGCAGGAUGCGGGCUUAAAAUAGCGUCCGGCACUGGCUAGCUUUUAAGCUAGC